UUAAAAAGAAAAAGGAAGGGAAGCAGAAGAAAUCAAAAACCCCACAAGCCCUCCAUUUUCAAUUCUUUGUUUCAUUUUCAUUUUCAUCAUCAUCAUCAUCACCUCUCCAUUUUUCAGGAAUCAAAAAAGAAAAAGAAAACAAGUAAUUAAAUAUUGUUGCCCUCCAUGGAACCGCCGGAAUCAACCGCCGCAGAGAAAAUAAUCCUCCAGUGGGAUUCCACGGCGUCGGAAGAUGCUCGUGAAAGAAUGAUCUUCACCGGUGACCGUCAGGAAAUCGACCGUUACCUUGACGCAGUCGACGAGCUCCAGAAGGCCAUGUCCUCCGCCACUUUGUCUGAUUCCUCAUCCACCACCUCCUCCGCGCUCCAGAUCGCGAUGGCUCGACUCGAGGACGAGUUCCGCAACAUCCUCCUCUCCCACACUUCCCCUGUCGAGGCCGACUGGCUCACGGAGUCAACUCAAUUGGAGUUCGCUUCUCAGGAAUUUGAGUUGAAAGAAGAGAUCGCUGAAAGUAGCUCCGACAAACAGUUGGAGCAUCAGGAGAGCAACAGUAGCUCCACGAGCAGCUGUUACAAGACUACUAGCAGUAUACGAGAAGUAGAUCUUAUACCCAGCGAUGCCGUCUACGAUCUCCGCUGCAUCGCGGAGCGGAUGAUCGCCGCCGGAUACUUGCGUGAGUGUAUUCAGGUGUACGCGAGCGUGCGCAAGUCUGCGGUGGACGCGAGCUUGAAGAAGCUCAACGUUGAGAAAUUGAGCAUCGGCGAUAUACAACGACUCGGGUGGGAGACGCUGGAGACGAAGAUCCGGCGUUGGAUACGGGCUGCAAAGAUAUGCGUCCGCGUGCUCUUUGCGAGCGAAAGGAGGUUGUGCGAGGAGAUAUUCGAAGGUUUGGGAAAUUCAGCAGAUGAUGCUUGUUUUAUGGAAACUAUUAAAAGUCCUGCUAUUCAGUUGUUUAAUUUCGCGGAGGCGAUUAGCAUUAGCAGGCGGUCGCCUGAGAAAUUAUUUAAGAUAUUGGAUUUACAUGAUGCUUUGUCCGAUUUAUUGCCUGAUAUUGAGUCUGUGUUUGAGUCGAAAUCGAGCGAAUCCAUUAGAGUACAAGCUGUUGAGAUAUUAUCUAGGUUAGCUGAGGCUGCGAGAGGGAUACUAUCGGAAUUUGAGAAUGCUGUGCUCAGGGAACCUUCAAAAGUACCCGUUCCUGGAGGGACGAUUCAUCCCUUGACUAGAUAUGUGAUGAAUUAUAUUAGUUUGAUUUCGGAUUAUAAACAGACAUUGAUUGAAUUGAUUGUGUCGAAGCCCUCAACAGGGUCAAGGUAUUCAAGUGAUCCGAAUGUACCAGAUAUGGAUCUUUCCGAAUAUGAGGGGCAGACUUCAACUUUGGCGCUUCAUUUGAUCUGGAUUAUUGUGAUUUUGCAAUUCAAUUUGGAUGGCAAGUCCAAGCACUACAAGGAUGCUUCCUUGGCUCAUUUGUUUAUGAUGAACAAUGUCCAUUACAUUGUGCAGAAGAUUAAGGGGUCCCCGGAGUUGAGGGAAAUGAUUGGAGAUGAUUAUUUGAAAAAGUUGACUGGGAAAUUCCGGUUGGCUGCUACCAACUACCAGCGGUCAACCUGGGUCAGGGUGCUGCAUUGCUUAAGAGACGAGGGUUUGCAUGUAAGUGGAAGCUUUUCUUCUGGUGUGUCAAAGAGCGCUUUGAGAGAGAGAUUCAAAGCCUUCAAUGCUAUGUUUGAGGAGGUGCAUAGAACUCAGGCCACAUGGUUGAUACCUGAUACUCAGCUCCGCGAGGAACUUAGGAUUUCCAUAUCGGAGAAGCUUAUCCCAGCUUAUAGAUCAUUUCUUGGAAGGUUCAGAAGUCAUAUUGAGAGCGGGAGGCACCCAGAGAACUACAUCAAGUACUCAGUUGAGGACCUUGAGAAUGCAGUAUUGGACUUCUUUGAGGGAUACCCAGUGUCCCAGCAUCUGAGGAGAAGAUCUGAGUAAGAGAACUGGAACUGAGUUUUGCCACUUAGAAUAUAGGACACGAUUCUUUUAAUUUUUUGCGGAGUGUUCUGGGAUGAGGUUCUUCUUCUUCUUGGAAAUCAAUUGCAAUAUCUUGAUAGAGACCAGAUAUGAUAUUCUGAUGGUAGAUUUGAUCAGUAAAGGACAAACGCCGGUUCUAACUGCUCAGAGCAGCAUAUGCCUCUUCCAGAAUGCGUCCGCCUGUAAGCAUGUGUUGUCUGUACCUCCUCAGCUUCUAGAUUUUGUUUCAUUCAUUUAUAUGGGAAUUCUUGUAUUUGUUGUAUUGUUGAAUAUUCUUAUGCAAUUAUGAUCAGUGAAGAAAAGAAUUUAAGUUAGUCUUGAUGAUUUUCAACUGACUAAUAACAAUUGUGUUUGAAAUAUUAGAUCUGAAGGAACUGAGCAUCUCUCUAGCUCAAAUGGCCAUAGAUGCUAGUUUAGUUGUAA